CGUAUACUAGUCACACUUUUCAGAGUAGACCGCGUAACUCCAUUAAUUUGUGUGCUGUGCCGGGGUGUAUUGUAUUUCAUAUAGCCACAUGUGGUGCGGGCUGCUCUGCUCAGUACACGUCUGAUAGAAGGUUCUUGUGUUACCCCUCAUUCUCAUCUUUACUGUGCACUUCUCCUCUCUUUUCUCUUCGUUGUAGUGAUUGAACUCUGGAUCAGACUGUUGGAGACACAGGACCUGACUGGAGAUACACCGCUAAUCACCCUCUCUCCUCGCUGCAGCUCACUGUUUAUCUAAACACUCUACCUUUCUGUUGUUGUUGUUGACGUGGUGCAAUCUCUCAGACUAACAGUCCAAUCAAACCUCGUUACACGUGUCACGUGACCCGCUAACGGACCACGUGUCUCCAUAGCAACCCACGUGACUCCAUAGCAGCCCACGUGACUCACUAUUAACUACAUAGCUGGUCCUGUGAUAGCACUCCUCAGUUCCCUGAUUGUCCCGUGCUCUCGACUAGUUCUUUGAUUGUCGCUAUGUUUGCUGUUUUGCUGGACUUGCUUCUGCGCCCCUUCACUAAAACUCACACCAUCUUGAAGGACAUUGGUAGUGGUAGUUUUGGUACCGUGCUGCUCACCCGAAACAAGCUCGACAACAAGCUGUACGUGGCUAAGUUUAUAAAGAGGAGCAAGAUAAAGGAACUGGUACCAGACAGUACUGCUGGAGAUGAAGUGCCUCUUGAGAUCUACCUUCUCUCUCGGCUCAGCCACCCUAAGAUAGCGACCUGUGUAGGCUGUUAUAAGCUUCCUCAGCACUGGGUCCUUACUAUGAACUAUCUGGAAAACUUUGUAGAUCUGAAGACUUUUAUUAAACUCCACAGCAGACUGAGCGAGUCCAUGUCCCGGACUAUUCUGAUGCAAACGUACGAUGCUUUAGUUUACUGUUUAUCAGUUGGAGUGGAUCACAGGGAUGUUAAACACCAGAACAUUCUAGUGCACCAAUCCAGCCUCCAGAUAAAACUAAUAGACUUUGGUCUGUCGUCAGUGUGCGACAGUAAGACAGUGUAUACCUCAGUACAAGGAACUGAGCUGUUCCUGCCCCCUGAAGCGGUGGUGCAGCGUCACUACACCCCUCUAGAGGCUACGUCCUGGGCUCUGGGAUGUCUCCUCUACUGCAUGGUGUGCGGCCGGGCCCCCUUCUCUUCUAAACGAGAUGUAGUGUUCAGUGAGCCCCUCCUCCCUCCCUUCCUCUCCCCCUUCUGCUCCGAUCUCAUCACGCAGUCCCUCAACAAAGUCCGUCAUCUCCGCAUCAGAUUCGAGAACAUUCGCUGGCACACGUGGCUAAACAUGGACAGAUACAGGAACUUCCUGGAGACCACGUGUUUGAGCCCCUUUUCAGGGACUACCAAAACUGGUUUAGUUUAUGAAGGAGCACAUGGUGGUUCUAGCGGGGUUAGCUCACUCUCUCACCUUGUUUCCAGUUAUAGUGCUAAUAAUAACGUUUUAUACCCGAGCGGGAAUAGUGAACAGUGGCGGAAGGUUUUACCAGUUACUUCAUGACACAUUAGGGCGCUGAAAAUUUAAUUAUUUCUCGUUCCCCGAUUAUAAUUGAUAUAUAAUUAUAUAAUUAUAUAAUUGCUAUAUAAUUGAAUGUUUGAAUGUCGGUGUGUGCAAUUGUAAUUACAGAUAUGAAAAAGUCCUGUAAAUUAUCUGAAGGCUAUUAUUGAAUUGUAAUUCGAUGCGAAUGAAAAUGAGAUUAAGCGAGCUCGGCAGCGACAGGUUUAGACUUGAAUAAUGCUGGAAAUCAUAUCUAAUGAUGAGAUCAUUGCUGUACAUAUCAAACAAAGUUUAUCCGUCCAUUAGGUACUCAAUAUCUCCAUGGAUCGUAAGUUAAUCCUGCAUCAUUAGAUUACUGAAAAUUGGACCAAUCUUCUUGUCAAUACUUGACAGUAAGAUUACCUUGUAUGGGCAACACGUCACAGUUCUACCCCUCUAAUGCCUGCUCAUGACUGUUUUUUUUUACUUUUUCCUCCUAAACUUGUAUCACUUUUUGAGAUCAUUUGACGAUACUAUUUUACUCACGCUUGCCUUGACUCAUGAUAUGUGAUUUAAACACUGUAAGUUUUGCAUUAAGAAAUUUGCAACUUUGAGCUACAAUGACUUGUAAUACAUUAAAUGUAAUAUGUCAGAUGUGUACAUGUAAUUUCUUAAUUUGUACUGUGUACAAACUGUGUCAAACAACGAAGAGGAUAUUAUUGUAAACAA